AAAAUCCCAGCUAUACACGAAUUCACUAGCAUUUUCUUUUGGCCCUGUUGACAGAGUUCUUCAAAAUAAUAUUCUCAUUACGAUGCAGAGUGACGGUGUGAAAAGAGACUCCGACGUAGAGUAUUACAAACGUUGGAGUUCCACAAAUGGCUUCAUGCCGGAAUGGUGCCUUGAAGGAGGGUACGAGGCAGACGGCAAAAUACUAUAUGUCGUCGCCGCCUACGUUGAUGGCACCUUUACACCUGGAAAAUACGGUCAUCAUCUUAGUGGAGCCUGUAUUCCGUAUCAUCAUGAAGAAAGGGUUUGCGAAAAGUGGUACCGUAUUAGCGGUGAAGUAAGUAAUAGACCAUGGAUAUAUAGCUGGGAGCACGCCUCCAACGGAAACGUUCCCCGCAACGCUCUAAGGGCGGAUGAGGAGAUGCCCAGUGAGGGUGAAGGGCUGUACAUUGGUCGUGUCCACCACGCGGGGAGUCUUAUUCCGUGUAAAGUUCAUAGAACGCACAGAUGUGCUUAUUUUGGUUAUGAUGGGAAAGAACACAAAUCAACGGAGUAUGAGGUGCUCGUCUGCACAUUGAAGUCUGGUCAGCCAAGGGAAGGGGAGGAGGGGGAGGGACAGAAAGAGGUCAAGGAAUAGUCGGAAUUCAGGAGGGGCAGGGACAGAAAGAGGCCAAGGAAUAGUCGGAAUUCAGCGGAAAAGUACAGUAAUUUUCUUAUAGAUUGUUCAGUCUAUAAUGAAAAAUUCAAAGCACAGAAACAUAAUGUAAAUUUUUAUAGCCAACAUAUGAAAUGAAACAUAAUGUAAUUUUAUUUCUAGUUAAGAUAGUUAUCAAAGUUAAAUUAUUUAUGGAUUACUCCCUGUGAAAAAUAUUGAUAAAUUACUUCAUCUUGUUAAUAACCUCUAGAAUCACGUAA